UCCUUUGCUCCUGCCUUUCCGUAUCACUCCCCUUCCCAUCCUCCUCUCCUCUCCCUCUCGCAGUCUCGCUAGCUAGCUCCACGUUUCUCUCCAUGGCCAGCACCGCCACCGUCUGCUCCAUGUGCGGCGACGUCGGCUUUCCCGAAAAGCUCUUCCAGUGCGCGCGCUGCCGUCACCGCUUCCAGCACUCAUACUGCACCAACUACUACGGCGACGGCGCGCCUGCCUCGGCCGGCUCAGACGUGUGCGACUGGUGCCUCAGCGACGUGGCCGGGAAGGCGAGGUGGUCGUCGUCUGCGGAAGCUGGAAAGCAGCACGCCGGCGGCAGCCAGGAUUCGUCGUCCACCACGAGCUCCGGCAGCGGCAGGGGCAAGGCCAGCGGAGGCGACCAGGAGACCGGACGGCGAGCGACCAGGGCGGCCGGCCGCAGGUACAAGCUGCUCAAGGACGUCUUGUGUUAGUUGACUAGAUUGGUCAUGGGCCUCACGAUCUUGAGAUAUCCUAAUAGACGGACCCAGUAGUAUUAAGUAAGACUAGCUAGUUAUAUGACUUAGUAACCAAGUUAGGUAGUCUGAUGUGUGUAUACAUGUGCUUUUGUGUAUGUAUGUUUGCUUGUACUAGGAGGGGCUGGUAGCCUGUUUCUUGUAUUUGCGUGGAAAUUUGGCUUGGU